CAGUAGAGUAAGUAGUAAUUACCCAAUCAGAGAUACGAGUUAUAUAUAUGAGGAGGAUAAAUAAACUUGUCAAUUUUAUAUGAACCUUCUCCAGAGUUGUAAGGACAUGGCGAUGAUGAUGAGGAUAGAUAGCGUGAGCCACAUCACCAAUACUGCUCUACUUCCAUGUCUCUACAACGGAACAGUUCUUCGCCGGCGCUCCCUCAGUCUCCGAAAGUGUGGUUUCCGAGAACGAAAGUUUCAGCUCCGAUGCGUCUCUGCUUCUUCCGAUUCGUUGCAGUUUGAUUUCUCUCCGCCUCCAAUUGAUCACGAUUUUCUUGAUACAAUAAGUGUUUCUGGAGGUAAAGUUUCUGAAGAUGGUGUUGUUGAGAGUUUUGAUAACGACGAUGAGGCUUUGGAUGCAUUUGAUAAUGGAGUUGUGGUUGUGGACCUCUCACAUUUUGGGAGAAUUCGAGUUAGUGGAGAUGACCGUGCUCAUUUCCUUCAUAACCAAACCACUGCCAAUUUUGAAAGCCUUUAUGAAGGACAGGGAUGUGACACUGUAUUUGUUACCCCAACAGCAAGGACGAUAGAUAUUGCACAUGCCUGGAUCAUGAAAAAUGCAAUAUUGCUGACUGUUUCUCCAACGACAUGCCAAAGCAUAAUUGAGAUGCUCAACAAGUACAUUUUCUUUGCUGACAAGGUAGAGAUCAAGGACAUCACCAAGCAAACUUGCUUAUUUGCUUUAGCUGGACCCAAAAGCAACCAAAUCAUGUCUAAACUGAAUCUGGGAGAUCUUAUUGGGCAGCCAUAUGGCAGGCAUCAGCAUUAUAGUUUUGAUGGAAUGCCAAUAACAGUUGGGGUCGGAAGUCUUAUUUCAGAUGAAGGCUUUACCAUGUUAAUGUCGCCAGGGGGUGCCGUUUCAGUCUGGAAGACCCUUUUAGCUGAAGGUGCUAUUCCGAUGGGUUCUGUAGCCUGGGAGAAACUUAGAAUCACUCAAGGAAGACCAGCACCUGAGAGAGAACUCAGCAAGGAAUUUAAUGUUCUGGAGGCGGGCCUAUGGAACUCGAUUUCAUUGAACAAAGGAUGUUAUAAGGGACAGGAGACAAUAGCAAGACUCAUGACAUAUGAUGGAAUCAAGCAAAGAUUAUGUGGACUUAAUCUCUCUGCACCAUCGGAACCCGGCAGCACCAUCACAGUCGACGGGAAAAAGGUGGGGAAGCUAACGAGCUACACUGGGGGAAAAAACGGGUCUGGCCAUUUCGGGUUAGGCUACAUCAAGAAACAAGCAGCCUCAAUUGGCAACACAGUGACUGUAGGUGAAGAUAUUUCAGGGAUUGUAUCUGAAGUCCCUUAUCUAGCGCGGCAACAUCCUCCAUCAGCCAACUCGAGUUCUUGAGUAGAAGAAAAAACGCUAUGAUGCAAGGAACUACAUAAGGACAACACACGGCUUCACCUAAUCCAUCAACGAAAAGAAGAGUUUUUGGUUAAUCGGAGAUCGAUGAGAAAAAUUGUAAUCUCAGUAGACUGAUAAGAAGAACCUUGCGAAAGGUGGAUUGGAAGAAGGGAGAGUAAGACAGAGGAAGCCAAGAAGAUUGCAGCCAACUUCAUAUGUGUUUCUGUAAGUUUUUCUCUCUUUGUUUUUUUCUUUGUUCUUUUAUAUAUUAUAAUUGUUAUGAUUAUGUGAUUGUCCCCAAACAAGCACUAACAUUUAAAAUAUUGGCAUAUAUUGGAGUGUAUCAUGAGUUUUGCUGUUUUGGGUAGUCCUAUACAUUAGAAUGUAUAUAAUCUCUCUAUCCUAAAACAAGUUAUUCA